CACUCGGCACAUGCCAUUAUUUUUGUCUUUUGAAGCUUCAAUUGAAGAACUGGGCUGUAGACUCUGGUCAAAAUAAUUUAAAAAUUCAUAUCGGAAAGGGGCUUUUUUUAAUCUUUAAUCACCACGAUUCAUAUACAUGGAUACGGAACACAUAUAGAGCGCUUUGUGGCCCGACUUCUGAGUCAGCUGCCCGGAGUGACAACCCCGCCGGAGCCAGCAGACUGGGUGUUGAUCCAGCAGCAGGCGGGCUAGCUGGCUAGCCGCCUAGCUUCUUAAGAACCAGAGGAAUUGGGCAAGAACAACGAGAAGGAAUAAGACUUUGACAACUGCACGUUGACAGAGAAAGGGUCGCGGUUGUCCCUUUCCUGUGUAGCCUGUCAGGGGGAUGAUGGCACACCUCCGAGACAUGCAGAACCAGAAUUCUCGGUUAGACCCGGAGGAGUAUUUCACAAAGCAGGAGCGCAUCGGCAAAGGCUCCUUCGGCGAGGUCUACAAGGGCAUCAAGAACCGCACAAAAGAGGUGGUGGCCAUCAAAAUCAUAGACCUGGAGGAGGCAGAGGAUGAAAUAGAAGACAUCCAGCAGGAGAUCACGGUGCUGAGCCAGUGUGACAGCCCCUUUGUCACCAAGUAUUAUGGCUCCUACCUGAAGGGGACCAAACUGUGGAUUAUCAUGGAGUAUUUAGGUGGUGGUUCAGCUCUAGAUCUGCUCCGCCCAGGCCCUCUUGAAGAGACUUACAUCGCUACGAUUCUCAGGGAAAUCCUUAAAGGACUUGAGUACUUGCACUUCGAACGCAAGAUCCACAGAGAUAUCAAAGCCGCCAACGUGCUGCUGUCGGAGCAGGGGGACGUGAAGCUGGCCGACUUCGGGGUGGCGGGCCAGCUGACGGACACGCAGAUCAAGAGGAACACCUUCGUGGGCACGCCUUUCUGGAUGGCGCCGGAAGUCAUCAAACAGUCGGCCUACGACUUCAAGGCGGAUAUCUGGUCGUUGGGCAUCACCGCUAUUGAGUUGGCCAAGGGGGAGCCCCCCAACUCUGACCUGCACCCCAUGAGGGUCCUCUUCCUCAUCCCCAAGAACACCCCUCCCACCCUGGAGGGCCCCUACAGCAAGCCCUUCAAGGAGUUUGUGGAGGCUUGCCUCAACAAAGACCCACGCUUUAGGCCAACAGCCAAGGAGCUCCUGAAGCACAAGUUCAUCACGCGCUACACCAAGAAGACGCCCUACCUGACAGAGCUCAUCGACCGCUACCGCCGCUGGAAGGCCGAGGGCCACGGGGAGGAGUCCAGCUCCGACGACUCUGACAUGGACGCCGACGGAGACGACAGCCAGUCCCCCAUGUGGACCUUCCCCACCGUCAGACCCAGCUCCAUGAACAAGCUGCAGAAGGGCUACACACACACAGACCAAGAGUCAGCAGAUUCGGUGAAAAGGCAACACAAGUCACAGUGUCUGUCAGCUCUGGUCACGCCCAUCUUUAGAGAGCUGAAGGAGAAGAGGCGGGCGGCCGGCGGGGGCGUGGGCGCCAUCGAGGAGCUGGAGAACGCCUUCAACCUGGCCGAGGAGUCGUGCCCCGGCAUCUCGGACCGCCUCGUCACGCACAUGAUGGAGAGGGUGUGCAGGUUUUCCUUAAACGGUAACACCACCCCAUCUUCACGGUGAACGACCAGCUGGAUGUAAACCCCCCCCCUUCCAAACCCGGUCCUUUUUUGUCUCCAGGACCCCCCCCCCCCCCCCCACAAACCAGGACCAGAGAGAAAAUAUAGUUUUUCUCCUCCCACACCCCCCCACCCCAACAAGAUCUUUAAAUUAGUUAUAAUUAAAUAUUUUUACAGUUUUCUUUAAAGAAUGGAGAGUAUUUAAGAUGACAAAGCCAUGACAUUCAGAGCAUUGUGUAUACCUGCAAGGUUGAGAAGAAGUCCUAUAAUAAAGUCUAUGGAAAAUGUCAAACAGUUGUUUUUCCUCGAGGUGAAUGAUCUUGAUUCCUGACGAACCCUAGAGGGGAGGGGGUCGCCAGAGGCAGCCACUGCUGUUCUGAAGGCUGUAUUACAAAUGCUCCGUCUAGAAUGGCAUGCACUAAUUCAUUAUAAAGCAUUUGGUCAAAAGCUGGCUAGGUUUUAGGAUUGACAAGAUCCAUAACCAUGUGUUAAUUUACUCCUCUUUACAUGUUGUUCCUCCAUGCAAUGCAUUUCCUUCCCAUUUAGAUAUGCAUAUACACAUCAUCCCACAGCAGCCAGUUACCACCUCAAGACAGGUUGGUAUCUUUUGGGUCCAACUCAACGAGGCUUACCAGUGCUUGACCCCGGCCGUACACUAAUCCCCCUGGUGUUCCAGAGGUCAGCGGGACAAGGCAUCACCAGAGGGGAGCUAAAUCAGGACGUCCCCUGCCGCGCAGGACCAAUAUGGACAUGACCCCGUAAUCUCUUCGUGGCAUUACGGUGCGAUUAAAAGCAGUUGUAUACAAAAGGUAGGGUGAAGUAUGUAGUGAAAGAGUUGGUCAAAUUAAAGUGUAGAAGGAGGAGUUUUGCUGUUGGUUGACAAAAUAUAACCAAAGAAAAAAUAACAAGUAUACUGCAAGUUUGCUAAAAUGAUUUAUUACAACAUAUGUAUUAAUAACAAUAUUUUGUACUUUAUAAAUUUUGGCUAAAAUGGCAGUAAGGUGGAAUGUUCUUAUAAACACUAGCCUUAGCUUGUGGAAGAUAUAUUGGCUACACUGAUCAAAUAUCCCAUAUCAUCCUAGAGUCAAAGACCCAAUAAAAACGGAUCUAUAAUCCAUUUGGAAAAUCCAAAAAAAUGUAACCUUGCACCUCUUUUGAACAUAGUACUUCAUGUCACUGAAAUAGGACUUCAACAAUGUUUUCUUUAUGUUGGUAAAUGCGACAUUGCCUAGCAACUUUGCUGCAGAAGCAGACCUCAAAACCCUCCAUCAGUUAAAUGCCAGUGUGUCAUCGCCCCUCCAUAUCCAGCUACAGAGA